GCAUCAGCCAAUCGUAUCGCUUCUCCAGGUCAGUCGCUCCACACUAAUAAGAAGUCACAAACUGAAGCGGACACCAAGUAUCGAGAAGUGUCGUGAUUCUCUUCCCCGCCCGAAGCGUCGCUCGUCUCUGCCUAAAGCUUCUCUAGUCGACCUCCGCUCUAUAUCCGAACCUGUCCACUCUCUCUUUAAGCUGUUGCUACCAUGGACCCGUCCGAAGUGACGGUGUUGGUCGUGGAAGAUGACGAAUUCACGCGCAUGGCCACCAUCGACAUCCUCAAGUCGUGCCGCUACACGGUCUUCGCAGUGGAGAACGGUCAGCAGGCGCUGGAUCUGCUCGUUACGAACCACGCCAAGUUUGAUCUUGUGCUGUGCGACGUCAUGCUGCCUGUCAUGACGGGCAUUGAGCUAUUGGACGAGAUCCAGAAACACAGCGCCACACUGGGCCACAUCCCCAUAGUUAUGACCUCCAGUAACGAGGAAAUGGACGUGGUCACGUCCUGCCUCAGUAAGGGCGCCAAGGACUACCUCAUCAAGCCCAUUCAGGUCAACACAGCCAAGACUCUUGUUCGCCACGUGUGGCUCAGUCGUCGUCUUGAACGCACUUCCAACAAGAGUAUGUGGCAGGACAUCGAGGUCAUUCGCACUAUCGGCAAGGGUACACACGGUACGGUAGUCCUAGCACGUCGUAAAGUAGACGGAGCAGUCGUGGCCGUCAAGCGCGUGCGCAUCUCACAGAUCUCCGAGAACGGCCGCAAGCAGGCGGACAACGAAGUCAUUCUGCUCAAAUCGCUGUACCAUGUCAACAUCGUGCGCUUCUACGACCAUUUCUUGGCCGACGACGAGCUCAAUAUCGUCAUGGAAUACUCGGACGGUGGCAAUUUGAGGCAGUUAGUGAAGCUGCGUUCACGCGAGAAGAUGGGGCCCUUCCCUGAGCCUGUGAUCAUGAGUUGGUUCGCCCAGCUAGUGCUGGCUGUGGCUUAUAUCCACGGCAAGAACGUGCUGCAUCGCGAUCUGAAGGCACAGAACGUCUUCCUCACACACAAGAACGUGGUCAAGCUCGGUGAUUUCGGUAUUUCCAAGGCGCUGGCCGGAGAUGAUACAGCUAAUACAGCGUGUGGCACACCUGAGAGUAUGUCUCCUGAAAUCUGCCGUGGCGAGCCUUACGGCAAGAAGUCGGACAUUUGGUCGCUCGGUUGCAUCCUGUACGAGAUGAUCAUGCUGCGCCGCCCCUUUGAGGCUUCCACACUGCCUGAGAUUUUCACCAAGAUUUGUAAGGGCGAGUAUCCACCUAUUCUGCCGUCGUUCUCGCGCGAGCUGCGUCUACUUGUGCAGCUGAUGUUACAGCAGGACGCAUCAAAGCGCCCGUCCAUUGAAGAUAUCUGCCGCUUUCCGUUCGUUCAGGCUCCGAUCCAGGCUUUCUUGUCCGAGCACGUGUCGGAAUUCCAGGAAGCACUGGAACUUGAGGCCAAAUUGCACCAGCCUUCGCUGUAUAGCACAGGAGCAGGCAACCCACCAGUUUCUCCUGUGUCGCCAAGUCUUCGUCGUCGGAACCAUAACAGCAGUAGUGAAACUCCAACGAGCGGCUUUGGUGAGUCAGCUCCUGAUUCGGGCUCUCCGGUUUCGAGUCGUAGUGAUGGCUCGAGCAAUGCCGGCUUCAACAACAAUGGAAAUCUGCGCAACUCUGCGAUCGCCUCAGUUGCAAUUGGACUGGCUGCUGAAGCCGUCCCUACUUCUGGUGGUCGCCCACAGCAGAACAGUGACUUGGCUAAGAUGUCGGCGGAUACUGUGGAGGACACCCUAGCGGACAAGCUGCGUGCCCAAGUGACUAUUGGUGACGUUCGCGUGGGUCUUUUCACCACAUACACGGCCUGCACUUCGGCAGAUGAACUUGUUCGUAUCCUGAAGGCGAAGUUUGAGAAGACACAUGACCAGGCAGCGACGAUAUUGUCAGACUUUCUCAAAAGUCGUGUGCUCAACGUCGUGUUCGCUGAAGACGUGUCGCAUCCGGAUCUAGGAGCAAAAGACACGUACCUGCGUUUCCAAGUCGACGAGCUGUUUGUGCCGCUCAAUAUGAAGUACGUCUGUGUCGACGAAGUGCAGCAAGGCCCCAUGGAGAUCUGCCUACGCGUUCGCGAAGCAAUCGCUGAGCUGCAUGCGCUCAAGUCUUUCCCGCGUGGAAUUGGCACUGGAUUUAGCCUGCCGAACCAUGUCUCGGCAACAGGGAACAGUGUCACCGAGUACUUUGAUGCGCCACUGUGCCAGAAGUAUCGUCGUUUCUUGAAGCUAACGUCGAAAUUGCAGAAUGUUGAUGUCGGAAGUCUGCCCAAGCACGAACGUCAGCCUUUCUUCAUCAACAUCUACAACGCGAUGGUGCUUCACGGUCUCAUCGAAUUUGGCGUGCCGCAGAAUAUCGGUCAGUACAAGGCGUUUGAGCGGGAUGUAGCCUACACAAUUGGGGGAUUGGAGUUCACGCUUGGUGACAUCAAGCACGGCAUCUUGCGCUGCAACCGCAAGCCGCCGUCGAACUACUGGGAGCGCCAACUGCAAGCUCAAGACCCGAAAUUGCAGUUCCGUCUGCACAUUCGUGACCCUCGCUCCCUUCUGGUGCUAAUUGACUGCGCUGAGCCACUUCCUAGCGCCGAAGACGUUCCUAUCCUGAAACCUGGACGCACGGACACGGAUCUUGAGGAACAGGCAGAAAAGUUCUGCGAGCGUUUGAUUGAAGUGGACGAGCGUGCUGGAGAAAUUGUACUGCCGCGAGUGCUUCGUAUCUUCCGCGAUGACUUUGGAUCUUCAGAAGCUGAAAUGGUAUCGUGGCUGGCGCAGUACAUGGAUAACGCACCUGCCAACCUAGUGAACUACCGUGUAAGGUAUCAGACGGGCAUUUCGUCGUGAUCGGAGCGAUGAAGAGCUGCUAUUGCCCGUCUUGAAGUGGGGUGUGACUGUGUAGAUCUCUCCUCACUUCUAUUAGUGCACGUGAAGGAAGGAAAAUUUCGGUGGAACGGAACUCGCACGAGAUGAAGGAGCAAAGUUUCUCGUUGCGGAUGGCUGGCGAUACUGCGCUGACCACUUCUCAUCUAUUGACUGUACUUCUCAUGUCAGCGCUCUUUGUUAAUUGAGUAAGAGGGAUUGAGGCAAUGGAACCGCAAGCAUGCAUGAAUGCAUAGUUAAGAUCAAACGUUUUGCUUUUUGGUUGACUGUUCUUUCAUGGAUUGUGCUCACCAGAAAUUCGUCUUGGCAAGAAGAAGCCACAUAGGACUAUUACAACUUUAGUUAAAAAGUUUUUGUCUGUUGUUGUUAUGCUAUGUA